CCAUUGUCAUCGUACUGUCUCGGCGCUGCUAUAUUUAAGACGGUGCAGGCUCCGGGAUCGCAUUCUUCUCCCGGUGCCCGCUGAGCCGAGGGCAAGAAGAGAACAAGGACCCUCUCGGCCUCUGGAAUCUUCUCCCCAAAGACUCCUAAGUGGGCACACUGCUCUGUUGUUGCUCUGGUAGCCAUGACUCUGCCGCACAGCUUGGGAGGUGCGGGGGACCCCCAGCCCCCUCAGGCCAUGGAGGUCCACAGGCUGGAGCACCGGCAGGAGGAGGAGCGGAAGGAGGAGCGGCAGCACAGCCUGCACAUGGGCUCCUCCAUGCAGAGGCACACCUUCCGCAGCAGCGAGGAAGAACAUGAGUUCAGCGCCGCGGACUACGCCCUGGCAGCAGCCCUGGCUCUGACGGCCUCCUCUGAGCUGUCUUGGGAAGCCCAGCUGAGACACCAGACAUCUGCCGUGGAGCUGGAGGAGCGAGGGCAGAAGCGGGUGGGCUUCGGCAAUGACUGGGAGAGGACCGAGAUCGCCUUCCUGCGGACCCACCGGCUGCUGCGCCAGAGGCGGGACUGGAAGAUGCUGAGGCAGCGGACAGAGGAGAAGGUCCAGGAGGCCAAGGAGCUGAGGGAGCUGUGCUCUGGCCGCGGGCCCUGGUUCUGGAUCCCUCUUCGCUCCCACGCUGUCUGGGAGCACACCACGGUCCUGCUGACCUGCACUGUCCAGGCCUCGCCACCACCCCAGGUCACCUGGUACAAAAAUGACACAAGGAUUGAUCCCCGCCUCUUUCCUGCCGGAAAAUACCGAAUCACCAACAACUAUGGGCUGCUGUCCCUGGAGAUUAGGAGAUGCACCAUUGAGGACUCAGCCACUUACACUGUGCGAGUGAACAAUGCCUACGGCCAGGCCUCCUCCUUCGCCAAAGUCCUCGUCCGCACUUACCUGGGGAAGGAUGCCGGCUUCGAUUCAGAGAUCUUCAAAAGAUCGAUGUUUGGCCCCAGCGUGGAAUUCACCUCGGUGCUGAAGCCAGUCUUUGCUCGUGAGAAGGAACCCUUCUCCUUGUCAUGCUUGUUUUCGGAAGAUGUGUUAGAUGCUGAGAGCAUCCAGUGGUUCCAAGACGGGAGGCUACUGAGGUCCUUGAGACGUCGGAAGAUCCUCUACGCAGACCGCCAGGCGUCCCUGAAGGUGUCCUGCACCUACAAGGAGGAUGAGGGGCUCUACACGGUCCAGGUGCCCUCACCCUUCGGACCCCGGGAACAGAGCACCUACGUGCUUGUGAGAGAUGCUGAGGCCGAGAACCCCGGGGCCCCAGGCUCCCCGCUGAACGUCCGAUGCCUGGAUGUGAACAGAGACUGCCUCAUCCUGACCUGGGCGCCGCCUAGUGACACCCGGGGCAACGCCAUCACUGCCUACUCCAUUGAGCGGUGCCAGGGUGACUCUGGGGAAUGGGUCCCCUGCCAUGAGGCCCCCGGAGGGACUUGUCGGUGCCCGAUCCAAGGCCUCAUCGAAGGUCAGAGCUAUCGGUUCCGGGUGAGAGCCAUCAGCAAGGCGGGCAGCAGCCUCCCCUCCAAGGCCUCAGAGUUGGUUGUCAUGGGCGACCGUGAUGCAGCCCAGAGGAAGACAGAGAUCCCCUUUGGUCUGGGAAACAAGAUCACCAUCAGCACAGAUGAUUUUGAAGAUACUGUGACCAUCCCCUCACCGCCGACCAAUGUCCACGCCAGCGAGAUCCGAGAGGCCUAUGUGGUUCUGGCCUGGGAGGAGCCGAGGCCCCGGGGCAGAGCGCCACUGACAUACUCCCUGGAGAAGUCAGUCAUAGGUAGUGGCACCUGGGAGGCCAUCAGCACGGAAAGCCCUGUGAAAUCUCCGAGAUUCGCCGUUCUGGACCUGGAGAAAAAGAAGUCAUAUGUCUUCAGAGUGCGAGCAAUGAACCAGUAUGGCCUGAGCGAUCCCUCAGAGCCCAGUGAGCCCAUCGCCUUGCGGGGCCAACCAGCUACCCUCCCUCCUCCAGCUCAAGUUCAAGCUUUCCGAGACACGCAGACCUCUGUCUCCCUGACAUGGGAUCCCGUGAAAGACCCAGAGCUCCUGGGUUAUUACAUCUACUCCCGGGAGGUGGGGUCAUCUGAGUGGCAAACAGUUAACAACAAACCCAUCCAAGGCACCAGGUUUACAGUUCCCGGGCUGAGGACGGGCAAGGAGUACGAGUUUUGUGUCAGGUCAGUCAGCGAGGCUGGGGUAGGCGAGAGCUCAGCCGCCACCGAGCCCAUCAGGGUCAAGCAGGCUCUGGCUACUCCGUCUGCCCCAUAUGGCUUUGCCCUCCUGAACUGCGGGAAGAAUGAAAUGGUCAUUGGGUGGAAACCCCCCAAGCGUCGUGGAGGUGGCAAGAUCCUGGGCUACUUUCUGGACCAGCAUGACUCAGAAGAGCUGGACUGGCACGCAGUUAAUCAGCAGCCCAUCCCCACCCGGGUCUGCAAGGUCAGUGACCUUCGUGAAGGCCACUUUUAUGAGUUCCGUGCCCGGGCUGCUAACUGGGCAGGUGUUGGCGAGCUGUCGGCACCCAGCAGCCUGUUCGAGUGCAAAGAGUGGACAAUGCCCCAGCCAGGCCCCCCGUACGAUGUACGGGUGUCCGAGGUGCGAGCCACAUCCCUGAUGCUGCAGUGGGAGCCCCCACUGUAUACGGGAGCUGGGCCUGUCACAGGCUAUCACGUCAGUUUCCAGGAGGAAGGCUCUGAGCAGUGGAAGCCAGUCACCCCGGGCCCCAUCUCUGGCACCCACCUGAGGGUUUCUGACUUGCAGCCAGGAAAGAGUUACGUGUUCCAGGUACAGGCCAUGAAUUCGGCUGGUCUGGGGCAACCGUCCAUGCCCACCGAUCCUGUGCUCCUGGAGGACAAGCCAGGUGCCCAUGAGAUCGAGGUUGGUGUGGAUGAAGAGGGCUUUAUCUAUUUGGCUUUCGAAGCCCCUGAAGCCCCCGACUCCUCAGAGUUUCAGUGGUCUAAAGACUACAAGGGCCCACUGGACCCCCAGAGGGUCAAGAUCGAGGAUACAGUUAACAAGUCCAAGGUCAUCCUGAAAGAACCUGGCCUCGAGGAUUUGGGCACCUACUCAGUCAUAGUCACUGAUGACGAUGAAGACAUCUCCGCAAGCCACACGCUGACCGAGGAAGAACUGGAGAAGCUGAAGAAGCUGAGUCAUGAAAUCAGAAACCCAGUGAUCAAACUGAUCUCCGGCUGGAACGUUGACAUCCUGGAACGAGGAGAGGUGCGGCUUUGGCUGGAAGUAGAAAAGUUAUCUCCAGCCGCUGAGCUGCAUCUAAUCUUCAACAACAAGGAGAUCUUCAGCUCUCCGAAUCGCAAAAUCAAUUUUGACCGAGAGAAGGGCCUGGUGGAAGUGAUCAUCCAGAACUUGUCUGAGGAGGACAAAGGGUCGUACACCGCUCAACUCCAAGACGGAAAAGCCAAAAACCAGAUUACCUUGACACUGGUGGAUGACGAUUUUGACAAACUUCUGAGGCAGGCAGAUGCUAAGAGAAGGGACUGGAAGAGAAAACAGGGUCCCUAUUUUGAGCAGCCGUUGCAGUGGAAGGUCACAGAGGACUGCCAAGUGCAGCUGACGUGCAAGGUGACAAACACCAAGAAGGAGACUCGCUUUCAGUGGUUCUUCCAGAGGGCAGAGAUGCCAGAUGGUCAGUAUGACCCAGAGACGGGAACGGGACUUCUCUGCAUCGAAGAGUUGUCCAAAAAGGACAAGGGAAUUUACAGAGCGAUGGUUUCUGACGAUCGAGGGGAGGACGACACCAUAUUGGACCUCACGGGUGACGCCCUGGAUGCCAUCUUCACCGAGCUGGGCAGGAUUGGUGCCCUCUCUGCAACUCCCCUGAAAAUCCAGGGGACCGAGGAAGGGAUCCGGAUCUUCAGCAAGGUCAAGUACUACAACGUGGAGUACAUGAAAACCACCUGGUUCCACAAAGACAAACGUCUGGAGAGUGGUGAUCGGAUAAGGACGGGCACCACCCUGGAUGAGAUCUGGCUUCACAUCCUGGACCCCAAAGACUCAGACAAGGGCAAAUACACUCUGGAAAUAGCUGCAGGGAAGGAAGUCCGGCAGCUCUCAACAGAUCUCUCAGGGCAAGCUUUUGAGGAUGCCAUGGCUGAACACCAGAGACUGAAAGCCUUGGCCAUCAUCGAGAAGAAUCGUGCCAAAGUGGUGAGGGGUCUGCCGGAUGUGGCCACAAUCAUGGAGGAUAAGACCCUGUGCUUGACUUGCGUCAUCUCAGGAGACCCCACCCCUGAAAUCUCUUGGCUGAAGAAUGACCAGCCUGUCACCUUCCUUGACCGAUACCGCAUGGAAGUGAGGGGGACAGAGGUCACCAUCACCAUUGAGAAGGUCAACAGUGAUGACAGUGGCCGCUACGGCGUCUUCGUCAAGAACAAGUAUGGCUCCGAGACAGGCCAGGUCACCAUCAGUGUGUUCAAGCACGGGGACGAGCCCAAGGAGCUGAAGAGCAUGUGACAGCAUGUGUCCGGGCACAGUCUGAGUCUAGUCUGCAUGGACCAGUAGGGACAACCAGUGGGUUACAGCCUGGCACAGGCUACAAGGGUGGGGCAGAAGGAAAGGGGACAAGAUAGAACCCAGGAUGUGAGGGUGGGGGUAGAGCGGAUGCAGCUAAGUGGAGAAGCAAAGAUCUUUCUGGGGUCCUGAGUGGCCCCCAGGAGAGCGGGAUGAACCCUGGACCUGGAGUAGGAGACCCGGAUGCACUGGAGCUAUCUAACAGUACUGGCAUCUGAUAGGUAGAGGUCAGGUACGCUGCUAAACACUGCAGCUCCCACCACGUAGAAUUAUCCGACCCCAGAUGUCAAAAAUGCCAAGAGUCAUGAGCCCUGCCAUAAACUGAUACAUCACACCCUCUUUUAGGAUCCCAUAGUUUCAAUUCACAUAAGUUCAACAGACAUUCAUGUAAAGUCUAGCAUGUGGGAGGCUAUGGAUGGAGCUGGAAAUACAAAGGCAACUGAUAAGCAGGCUCCACUUGCAAAGAGGCCUCAGUCCAGUGGGAGAAACAGACCUGGGCGCAAGCAACUCCAGGACAAGGCAGGACAUGAUAAAGAUUAUAAAGCAGGUCCAAGGAAAGUGCUGCCAGUGGUCCAAGGAGGGAGACCAGAGGGUCGUCCCAAUACGGGGAGGUAGGGCUUUUAAAACACCUUCAUCCAGGCUGGGCGAGGUGGCUCACGCCUGUAAUUGCAGCACUUUGGGAGGUCAAGGUAGGCGGAUCACCUGAGGUCAGGAGUUCGAGACCAGCCUAGCCAACACGGCGAAACCUCGUCUCUACUAAAAUUACAAAAAUUAGCUAGGCAUGGUGGCAGGCGCCUGUAAUCCCUGCUAUUCAGAAGGCCGAGGCAGGAGAAUCCCUUGAACCUGGGAGGCAGAGGUUGUGAUAAGCCAAGAUUGAGCCCCCCGCAAAAAAUUAGCAGAAUUGGUGUUGGGCCCCGAAAAAUUAGUCCGGUUUUGUGGUAGUAAUGGGAGAAGGACAUCUCAGGAGCAGGGUCUGGUGGGAGUAAAGGGAAGGAGGAGGCCGAGGCUGCCCAGGUGGCCUUGGAUACCAGGCUUGGAGCUGGUAACGUCCAGGGCUUCCGGCACGGGGCCUCUGCCUGGUGUGACAGAUACCGACUGGCCUCACUUGAUAGAUCUCAGUACUGAGCUGGGCAUUUCUCUGCCCCCCAACUUCUUUCUUUUUAAAAAUAAGAUGGGGAGAGUUCAUAAAAUUAUAGAUGUUUGUUGUAAAAUUUUUGAAAACUCUGGAAAUUAUAGAGGAGAAAAUAAAUAUAAUCUAUACUUCCAACA